GUUAUACCAUAACAACUUGACGAUAGGCCAGAUAACAACACACACAUACACACCCUAUCUGCUCAUUGGCUGCAGAUUGUCUUCGCAGUCAGGUGGAGUCGUGCGUCCUCGUGCGUCCUGGUGAUCAGAGGUCUCCGAGGACAAAACCCCGGUGCGCUGUUGCUGCUGCAAGUAUCUCACAGCUCGACGCCGACUGAUCUAUUGAAGGGAUGGCGAACUCUAACAGACCUACUACCGACAUUAGGCACGUCUACAGGGGAACAUUUGUCCACUCGACACAGCAAGCACCGCUGCAGAUCCUGGAAGAUGCGCUCCUGGGAGUGGAUACAGAAGGAAAGAUUGCCUUCAUUGGGAAGGGCACAGAGUUUGACAGACUGUCUCAGACUUUUGGAUUCAGUCCGCCUGAAAUUACUCAACUUGAACAACAUGAGUUCUUCAUGCCGGGUAUGGUGGACACCCACAUCCAUGCAUCCCAGUACAGCUACGCCGGCACAGCCCUGGACAUGCCCUUACUGCAGUGGCUCAAUACCUACACCUUUCCUGUUGAGUCACGCUUCAAGGACUUAGGGUUUGCCCACAGAGUCUACACCCAAGUAGUGAAAAGGACUUUGAGAAACGGAACAACCACUGCAUGUUACUUUGCUACCAUACAUACAGAUGCCUCUCUCCUGUUGGGCCAGAUUGCAAAUGACUUUGGACAGCGUGCCUUGGUGGGCAAAGUUUGUAUGGACAGGAACAAUUCUGUGAAACAUUACAAAGAGACAAAUCAGGAGUCUCAAGAGGAAACCUGUCGGUUCAUUGCAGAGCUCUUGGGCAAAAAGUACCCUCUUGUGAAGCCAGUGGUGACCCCCCGCUUCGCUCCAUCCUGCACAGGAGCCUUGCUGGGACAGCUGGGAGAAAUCGCUAAGAAUAACAACCUGCACAUUCAGAGUCAUAUCAGUGAAAACGCUGAGGAAGUAAAGCUUGUAAAGGAGCUGUUUCCUGAGUCUGAGUCUUACACCGACGUAUAUCACAAAUACAACCUGCUUACUGACAAGACCGUGAUGGCCCAUGGCUGCUACCUCAGUGAUGAAGAGUUGGCUUUGUUCAGAGAGACAGGAGCUUCUUUGUCUCACUGCCCCAAUUCCAACAUUUCGUUGUGCAGUGGAGUGUUGAAUGUCCGCAACGUCCUGAAACACAAAGUGAAACUGGGGCUGGGAACAGAUGUGGCAGGUGGCUACUCGGCCUCUAUGCUGGAUGCUGUGAGGAGAGCUCUGGACUCAUCCAAAGUCUUGACCAUCCAGGACCCAGAAUACGACACACUCUCCUUUGAGGAGGUGUUCAGACUGGCCACACUGGGAGGCAGCCAAGCUUUGUCCCUGGAUGACCAAACGGGGAACUUUGAAGUGGGCAAAGACUUCGAUGCCCUGAGAGUGAAUGUAGCUGCUCCUGGUGGACCCAUUGACCUGAUCCAGUGUGAUGGGCCAAAGAUUCUUUUGGAAAAGUUCUUGAAUUUGGGUGAUGAUCGCAACAUAGUUGAGGUGUUUGUGGCCGGGAAGAAGGUGGUGCCAUUCACAGAGUAAACAUUUCAGUCGUCCACACACCUUCACUCAUCUCACGGCUCAAAACCCCACCAGGAAAGUCAGCUUGAAGAGGAUUUUAACUGCUAAAAUACAUGUAUAUCUGAGAAGAAUGACUAGCUGGAAACACCCUAUUGCUGCACAACUGUCCUUUAAUGCUAAGACAAAUAAGUUGGGAAUUAAUGAUCACCAUAAACAUUUUACUGUGAAAUCUAGAGGGCAGAACAUGGUACAGUAUGUGCUAUUAAUGAGGUUCAGUAUGGUUCAUGCAAGACUGUGGUCAGCUGAGCUAAGUCUUUAAGGAUGAUGGGCCUCAAAACAGGAAAUAAGGAACCUUUUAAUGGCCGAGAACAUUGCGUACUAAAACAUAUUUGUACAUCAACAAGCCACUUUUUAUGUUCUGUUUGUUCUGGUACACACUGUUGUACACUUUUUUUGGUUUUAUUAACUUACACUGCUUACUUAAACUUACCUAAACUAACACAUAUACAAGUACUGAUGAUGGUAGCCUCUGUAGUGUGUUGUUAACAACAACAUAUUUUCCAUUUAAUGAUGAUAUCAUGCUGUGUUACCUCAAGACAUUUAAACUGGACAAUUGUUCAUAAAGUUAAGUGAUGUAUUACCAUAUAGGACUUUGCGCUGUAGCUGCAGUGCCUGGACUGAGUACGGCUUGAUGGUCACAUUUUCAUAUUUGUGUGAGCAGAAAUUGCUUUAUGAUCAGAAGACUGGGAUUGACUUGAGUUAUAAUCAUAACCCAUUCAGCUUUCACGCUGUACACUCCACUCAGGUAUUUUAAAUGGCAAUGGUACAUGAUUACAGUAUAUUAUAGUAUUUUAUAGUUAUAUUCGCUGGACUUUGUUUCAGUUUGACUAAUUUUUCUCUUUUACAGUUUACAUCAGAUUGCAGCGCUCCGUGUGGUGAAUUGACCAUUCCACUUACUGGAAAGUGAAAUUAUAGGCUACUUAACCCGGUGCCUUAUUAUCAAAAUCAGUUAUGUUUCAUUAGUUCAAAUGGUUUUACUGAAAUGGUUGAUUUUAUUAUCGAACCUAAUGAAAUAUACUAUAUACUUAUUACAUAUAUAUAUAUUGCAAACUGUCUUAUGAAUGUUUGGAAAUGAAGGGAAAUUAAAUGGAUUGACUGCUGAAUAUGUGUUGUCUUCAUAAAUUAGAUUGUAUUUAAGGCAAGUUUACUUUUUUACUGAAAUAUACCUUAUUUUUAUCACAACAUAUGACAUAUGACAACAAAUGUUUAUAUGUUCAAGAACUCUUUGAACUGUUUGAUGACUGUUUUGUCCGAUCAUGAGAGCUUGAAAUAAAUAAU